AUGGAGCGAUAUUCUAGCCAGUGGGAAAGUCAUUACGCAUCGCAAUCCAGCAUAUCAGAUGAUGGUGAUUAUAUCAUAACGAGCCAAGAUGAAGGAAUUUACCGUUGUUACGAAGUGCUUUAUGGAAAAUUAUCCUCAAGGAUGCAUAAAAGAUGGCAAGGUGAUGGAUUGUUAUACUGUCGUGAACGUUCAGUCAUAUUGCAAACAGAGAGAGGCAAAGAAAUUGCAAAGGCGAGUAGUUAUUCAAUAAAACAAUUGACCGAGUUGAAGAAGGGCAGUCGUUUGAAAAUUAAUAAUUAUGAAGUGGAGGUGCAAGCCGAGCUGAACCCGCGGCAGCCCGCAAUUAAUGAAGCGGAAAACGUUGAAAAUCAAGCGGCGCCUGCUGAACCGAUACAAAGCACUGCAUUAGAUGGCGGGAAUUCAAAAAAACGGCAAAAAAUUACCAAUCAGAAUUUUAUUUCGCCACUGUUUGGGCGUGAUAAUCCUUUGGACUUUGUGUUGGAUGAGACAAAAGAUGAUGAUGGUUCUAUACGACGAAUUGCUGUGGAUGCGCAAAUUGCUUCCUGUCUGAAGCCGCACCAAAAGUCUGGCAUCGCUUUCAUAUACAAAUGUUUAAAGGGUUCUCAUGGUGGAGCCAUUCUUGCGGAUGAGAUGGGUCUGGGUAAAACUGUACAAACUAUUUCGUUAAUAAUGGCAUUAAUCAAAAAACGACUAAAUCAAAAGCCAAUAAUUCGGCGAUGUGUUAUCGUAGUGCCGACAUCACUACUAAAUAAUUGGUACGCAGAAUUUAUAAAAUGGUCGCCGCAGACGCAGUCAAUGCUGUUUCGGAUUUUAAAGUCAACAGAUGUAGAAAAGCUGAUUUCGUAUCGAAACACACCAAUAAUUGCCAUCGUUAGCUAUGAUAUGAUUGCGCGCACCGCUGCGGAAUUGUCGGCUGUUUCGAUUGAUCUGCUGGUUUGCGACGAAGCACAUAGACUUAAAAAUUUAAAUGGAAGACUUCGAGAACAGCUCCAAAAUUUGCAUGCCCAACGUCGUUUAUUGCUGACAGGAACGCCAAUGCAAAAUGAUCUGGAAGAAUUCUAUUCACUGGUUAGCUUUGCACGACCGGACCUUUUUACCGCUUUUUCGGAAUUCAAACAUCUUUGUGAAGUGGAGCCAAUUCUUUUCAACGGAUUGCUCGCCGAGGUGAUGCUCCGCCGAACAGCUGAAGUGAUCCAUGAUUGUCUACCGCCGAAGAUUGAUUACAUAAUUUGGUGUCAACCAUCACCAUUACAAUGCUUCGUAUACAAACGCUUGAAGACGUUCCUCUCGUAUGAUCACUUAACUUUGAUUGAUGUCUUGCGAAAGUUAUGUAAUCAUCCAUGUCUUCUUUAUCGAAGUAUUGUGGUGAAACUUCAGAGUUGUAAGAUGGAAGAAAAAGAAUUUUACAACUCACUCCUUGGAUUGUUCCCCAGCACUUUCAAUGAUACUUCACUUUCAGUCGGUGACUCAGGUAAACUUAGUGUAUUUUGCGAGUUGGUGACAGCAUUUCGAACACAGGAAGAAAACGUGGUUGUUGUUUCCAAUUUCACUCAUACUCUUGACCUCCUGGAGGAUCUCUGUCGAGGUCUAUUUUACACUGUUCUACGCUUGGAUGGUUCAACCGAUGCGAAAAAAAGAAUGGAAAUUGUGGAAGAAUUCAAUUCAUCAUCAACUAAAAGUUGUGCAUUCUUGUUGAGUGCCAAAGCAGGUGGACUUGGCUUAAACCUCAUUGGCGCUAGUCGAAUGGUUUUGUUCGAUUUGGACUGGAAUCCAGCUGUGGAUAUACAAGCGAUGGCUCGUAUCUGGCGACAAGGACAAAAAAAACCAUGUCAGAUUUAUCGACUCAUCACUGGGGGCACUGUGGAUGAAAAAAUUUUGCAAAGACAAAUCAAAAAAAGUAGCCUCAAUACAAUCGUUGAGAUGGUUCCACCCGAAUCAUUUACACAUUUUUCCGAUGAAGAAUUGCAAGAUAUUUUUACACUUCAUGAUGAUACCGAAUGUGAAACACAUUGCUUAUUGGAAUGUCAGUGCGAUGGAUGUGGCCGUUUGCCAGAAGAACUUGAAGAAAAUCAAGACAACAGACCUGAUGAGAAUUCUGAAUCUGUCACUACAUAUAGCGAAAGGAUGGAUGGUAACAACGACCUCGUGCCGGAGUCAUCAGCUAAUCUCUUGAUACAAGAUUACAGCAAUUCUACCUGUUUUAACAACAAUGAAGUGCUUGAAGCUGAAAAUAAAAUAGUGGGAGACGAAGCAGCAUUAUCAGCGAGUGCGUUAAUGGGAACAUUGAUGCGUUGGCAGCAUUACUCUCCAAGAUAUGAGAAUCAAUUUGAAUCGGUGAAAACUGAGGCUGAUUUAGAUGGAUGGGAAUUGGAGGAGUUGCUUUUGCGAAGUUUUGGCCUUAUUGAAUGCGAACUGAUUCUGUGUUGCUACAAAUUGUUUUAUUAUAGUGUUUUGGAAAAACUUCAUCUGUUCAUGUACACCUCAAGUCUAUCGGAAGAAUCUUUGACUUUAUUAUCUUGA